CGCGUCUCCCUCACUGUGCAGACUCCGUCCCUCUCUCCACAUCCAGCACUGAGCAACUUGACUGCGGCUGUCAGCAGGAGCCGGUGCCGAGGAGUUGUGAAGAUUAGAACGAGGGAGGAGUCAAUGUUCUCUCCUCAGCACACUGUGACUGGGAGCUCUGUGAGGGUUUGAGCCUGUCGGGACCCCUUUGCUGCAGCCCCCCUUUCAGGUUUGGUACUUUCCACCCACAGACCUAAAGCAAAAACAGCAAUUAGCUAAAGUUCCGGACCUGACUCCACCCACUCUGCUCUGGGUCCCCUUUGCCAUGGCCUUCACCCUGUCAGAGAUUAUGGCGGCGAGGCGGCAGCAGUCGCAGGCUCAGUCACAGGCCCAGCGAGGCAACAGGACCACGGUGGAGGUGGACGAGUACAGCACCAAUCCCACUCAGGCCUUCACCUUCUACAACAUCAACCAGGGACGCUUCCAGCCACCACACGUCCACAUGGUGGACCCAAUGGCCCACGACACGCCUAAGCAACCUGGCUACACCCGUUUUGUGUGCAUCUCAGACACACACUCUCGGACAGACAGCAUCGUAAUGCCAUAUGGAGACGUGUUCAUCCACGCCGGAGACUUCACCGAGCUGGGACUACCGUCCGAGGUCAAGAAGUUUAACGACUGGCUAGGUACCCUGCCCUACGACAUCAAGAUAGUAAUUGCCGGAAACCAUGAGUUGACCUUUGACCAAGAGUUUAUGGCCGACCUGAUCAAGCAGGACUUCUACUACUUCCCCUCUGCCUCCAAGCUGAAGCCGGAAAAUUAUGAGAAUGUCCAGUCGCUGCUCACUAACUGCAUCUACAUGCAGGAUUCUGAGGUCAGCGUAAGGGGCUUCAAGAUCUACGGCUCCCCCUGGCAGCCCUGGUAUUAUGGUUGGGGUUUCAACCUCCCACGGGGUCAGGCUCUGCUGGACAAGUGGAAUCAGAUCCCCGAAAACACAGACAUCCUGGUCACACACUGCCCCCCACUGGGUUUCUUGGACUGGGUUCCGAAGAAGAUGCAGCGUGUCGGGUGCAUGGAGCUACUCAACACGGUCCAGAGGAGAGUCCAGCCCAAAUUACAUGUGUUUGGACACAUUCAUGAAGGUUAUGGCAUGAUGACAGAUGGAACCACGACAUAUGUCAACGCUUCAGCAUGCACCGUCAACUUCCUGCCCAUGAACCCACCCAUUGUCUUUGACCUCCCCAACCCUAGGACCACAUGACUAGAGGAAGCUGUCCCGCAAACGCUCACGGCCAAUCAGGAAAAAGGAGCAGGCAAAAAUAGUUCUAGGUCUGGCUUUUUGGACUUGAAAAGGACAGCAGGUAACAUGCAAUGUAAAAGUACUACAUCCUCACCCAGCAUCUGAACAGAGAUGAUUGAUUUUCAUGUUUAAAUCUCUGUGUUGCUCACAGGAGAGAUGAAACUUUUUUUUAACCUUAUUCAAGAGAAGCUGACAAAUUUGAAACUAAAUGUACUGUAACUGGUCUUUGUAAAUGUUCUCUGUCAAUACAAAAUUGUUUUUCUGUAAGAUUUCCAAGUUGUUGUACUGCUUUUUAAAAUACUUAAGUAUUUGUGUCCAGAGAUGUGCGGUUGUUUCUUUUCAUUUAGUCUAUACAAUGUAAUUGUUACUUGAUAAUGUUAAUUUUGGUCAUCUCUGUGCCAAUUAAGUGAUUGUUAACUCUCAUGUCUUUAAGCAGUUUAUCUGUUUUUAAAAGCUUUUCUUUUCUCUUUCUUUGAUUUCCGUUUUCUGUAUAUGACCAUUCCAACUGAAUCUGGUUGUGCAAAACACAUCGCACUUUGAUCUCUCAUCGUUAAGUCCAAAGGUUCCCUGGAGCUACAGUUUAUUCCUGAUUCAGUGCAGUACAGAAUAAGCACCAAGACACCUAUGUCUGUAGGCACUUGUUAGACCACGCACACUUUUAAACCUGAGUGUACAAGUACAGGACCCGUUGAAAUUUGAGUUGAGCUUUUCUUCAUAGGGCACAUUUUUGGUUAAGGUUAGAUAUGGGAUAAGUUAGGGUCUAUGUACGGUCACAGAGAGAGCCCAGAGCACUGCAAUCUGAGAAAACACAAGAAAGUUCAUAAAACACACGUGUCUGGUGAUUCAUUUGUUCAUCAACAGGUCCUAAAGCAGUGCAUGGAGAGAUUCAUGUAUCACUCAUCAACACCACAGUUCCUGGAGCAUAUUAGAGACCAGUAGGGAUUUCAGACAGACUUUCCCCAUAGACUAUAGUAAGAUUUACUUAUAUAAAGGUUGUUGUUGGAUCAGCAUGUAAAAGCAUUAGAGCAUUAACUGGUUUGGCACUUUCUGCAUCCAAAUAUUGAAAUCUUCAUCGUGAUAAAUAAGCACUCGGUUACAAAGUCAGCUGAGGCCAUUUAAGCCAUUCAGUUCAAACUGAAUAGUGACUGAGCUGCAAUAAUUAGUUGAUCAGCAGAAAAUUAUUCAGCAACUAGGUCUUGUCAUCGAAUAAUCAUAAUUAUAAUAAGAAUUUCACAUUGAAGGACAUGGUUUUGUUACCAGGCAGAUAUGCAUCGGUAUUUCCAUGCAUAGAUGCAAAGAAAGCAAGCGAUAUCUUCAGGUCAGACACACUUUUUUUGUCAAUGGAACUCAAUUUCAAGAGCACAUUUUAAUUUGUAAUGCAUAUGCAUUUGUACCCACCUACAGUAUAUGUGUACCAUUUUCUAGUAACAAGUCCCACUUUAUUAACUUGUUUUCCAAGAUGAAUGGUUCUUUGUUGAUGCUGGUACAGAAUUGCAUUGCAGUCCUAUUCAAAGGACCAAGUGUAAGGCAUGAUGUCAGGAGAUUGUAGAUCAGGGUUUUAGGUUAUAUUUUAAAUGUGGCCAGUGGAAGGUCUCUAAAAGCACAAUAUUCAGGGUGUGUUAGUUUCUGUGAGAGUGUUUCAUGCAGAGUGUAGAAAGAAAGGGAGUGCUCCACCUCAUCAUUUAAACACCAAUUUAAUUAGUUUCUAUGAGGAAAAUGUUCAAAGACAAGAAUAAAGGGAAAUAUAAAAGAUCAAAAGAUGGAGGGAACUAUCAUCUAUAAGUUUAAUAAAAAUCUGAAUGUUCAGUCUGAUUCACCAAUUCCCUUCCUCAUUUAAAUGUCCCUCACUUUGAUGCUCCUCUGCCUCAGUAACUGUGUUGUGUUUGCUGUUUUAUCAACAAAAGUGUGUACAAUUUCUUGAUUUAUUUUGAGGCAUGCUUAAAUGAGUUAAUGACUUCUGCCACUCAGACAAUCUGCAUAUGAAGAGUUUUAUUCCAAAAUGAGAUGUCCACCAUUUGAAAACAAAUUAUGCCCAAACAGGCAGAAUGACUGACAAGUAAAAGGCAGACUGUAGUGGUACUUUUUAAAGAGCCGUAAGUAACUUGUGUCCUAGCUGACAUUUUUACUUGUGUAUCUUUUCUACUUUAACAUUAUGGGAUAGUUAAUGUCAGAUCUUUUUUUAAUUGAUGUAUAGCAUUUUGGAAUGAAAAUAUUCAUAUGUAUUGUAUUCGGGACUUUCCCAUUUUUUAAACUGUAAAAUAAAAACAGGGAAGGAAGACCCAGCAGCUGCUAAACUGACCAUCGUCGCUCUUGAAGACAACUCUAAAAAUGUAAUGUACUUUUCUGUCUCAAAACAAUAAAGAUUCUGCUGGUUCUGAAAGAUUAUUCACUGA